UUUUAUGAUACCUGAGGCGGCAUUGUUGUGGAUGCGGCGGUUGGGAUGUACGCGAUGCUGCUGUAACACGCAUCGUCGACAGGUCCAUGGCCGCCGCCGGAAGAUCUUAAGCAUCUUCCGAGAGCGGUAUCACCAGCUUGUCAAAAGGAAAUAGAACAAUGCGGGGCGAGGACAAGGUGGGAUGCUGGAAGGGGGACGUUGUCAAGCAAAGAGGUUUUGGGGUCAAUAUUGAUUUUCUGUUGUCUUUCAUGUUCCCGGAAUCAGGCGAUCGCCAGUUCGGGCCGGGACCGGGACGGGGAACUUUUUUCCUGCAACGUCAGUCCACCAACAUCCAUCAAUAUUGGGCUUCGCCUUUUGCUUCCACGCAUUGUUGAAUGCCAAUUGGACAGCAAUCUUCGUUUUCUGCCGCAUAUUCCUUGCGUCUACUAUUUCUAGCAGAGGCUGCCAUCGGAGCAGGUGCUCUUUCAUUGCGUGCGACCUGAUUUCAUCCCAGGUGACAUUGGACAAAAAUGUCGCACCGCAAACCCAUCUACGAAGAUGAACCCUCCGCAGUUCCGGCGGAAGCGCCCCAAUCCCAGCUUCAAGAGAGAGAUACACAACAGCCAGCCUUUUCCACCAAGACGCUUCAAAGAGCAUCUUCCACCUCUACGGCAGACAUGUUAUCCCAGCAAGUCCGCCAGGUCCGUCUCUUCCUGUACGCACACACUCUCGCCGCCGAAAACAGCUUCAACGACGCCCUUGCCAGCGUCUUCCGCGCUGAAAGCCGCUUCACCAACACGAUAGCCUCCUUGGCUCCUCCACGUGAAUCCGGCGAGCGCCUGCUACCGGGAAGCAUUUACGUUCUUGUAUCCGCCAUGGCUGGGUCAAUUAUCUCGCGAAACCGUGGGAUAUUCUUAAGAGCAACAACCCCGCUGGCGGUAGGCACUGUGGCAGCCUGGACGCUUCUUCCCGUCACAAUGCAGAAUGUGUCGGAUCUAGUGUUCGAGUAUGAAAAGAAGAUUCCGGGAGUUGCAGAGCAACAUGUGCGGAUUCGGACUGCCGCGGAGGAAUCAUGGUAUACCGCUAAAGCACAUAGCGCGCAUGCUCGUGGGUUGCUAGAGAGCAAAAUUGGACAGGGGAGAGAAAAGUUGGAGGAAUGGGUGAGAAAGGGAAAUUAAGAUGUAAAUGCUGCACGAUUAUCCUUUUAAGAGAACGUCCUCAGCUUCGUUACUUUGUAUCGCUGUAUCUACAGCCUUUGUAUAUGUAGAGUCAUCAUUUAGACGUGAAUUUCAACACUUUUCUAUACCGUUUCCGUAUUUGUUGAUCACGAAAGCCACAUUCUCGUUAUCGAUUGUUUGGUUAUAUAUGGGAAAGUGAAAAAUAAAUACAGUAUCCUAGGAUUUCAGAGUAUACUAGCCCGCCAAUUGUUUGAAAACAUAUUACUGAAGUAACUCCGUGCGCCUGCCCAUGCCACCUACCUAUAUAUUAAUUUCAUUCCGUUGUAUCACUACCGCCCGUAGCGGUCGUCGGGGGAGGAGAGGCAUGGUCCUCGCCAGUUUUU